AACGCGUUUGAUCCUUCACCAACCACUACAAAAGCCGAAUUGAAAGCGAUUAAACGAAACGUCACUCUCACUCUCUCUUUAAUCUACUUCAUCCUAUUUAACAUAGUUUUGGCACAUACAAAAAAAAAAGACAGGACAGUAGUGUCGAUCUCAAAGAAACAAGAAACAAGGCAUUAUGGAGAAACUUGAUUUAGCGACAGAAUCAUCAUCAUCGUAUCCUAGUAAUUUGUGGGACUGUGGCAGCACGCUAUAUGACUCGUUCGAGCUCAACUCCUUCAAACGCCAACUCGACUCAGCCAUAGCUAAUUCCCCUAUAAUAAGUAGAACCCUUUCCAUGCCUCAUUUACCGGAACGUUCACUUCACGCGCCGCCGGAGCAACCUCCCACGGUCAUGUCCCGAAAGUCCUUCAAAUUUUCUCGCUCCUUUCACAAACUCCUUCGCUCCGUUUUCAAGUCCAACAGUAAAUCCAGCACCACUACCACCAGUUUGAGUUUCCAAGUGCCAGAGAAAUACUCCAAAGAGCGUUUCUACGUUGUUUAUGAUAAAUCUGGACCGGUUCUCUCCACCAUCCCCGAAGUUCCGGAAUUUGAGAUUGCUGCACUUUCGCCGGAGAUCUCUUCCUUCGUCGGAAGGUCAGCGUCGGAGCGCUUCACUCCUACCGUAAUCGGUAUUUCCUGCGCUUAGUUAGCAGUUAGCACAAAUCGCUCGAUCUAGUCUUAUUUGUGAAUUUUAUUUUUUUUGUUACUCACCUUGAGUAGGAGAUUUAAUUCAGUUUUAUUUUCAGAAUUUGAAAUGUUAGUGGUUAAGAAUUUAAGAUAUUUUUGUUAAUCACAAGUGUUGGCGUCGUAUUGUAUUUGUAAUCAACUAUAACAACAUAUGUGAAAUAGGGCCUGAAUGAUUUCUGUUUGAAAUA